UGCCGUUGCUUGCUGGCAUCGGAAAAUGACAAAUUUGCUGCUUCAGCUGGACUGUUUACUACUGAAGAAAGUUGAAAUGCAGUAAGUGUGAGAACAAGGAUAAUACACUAACGUGUAGAGAGAGAGAGAGAGAGAGAGAGAGAGAGAGCGGCGCAUCCCUCACGGAGCAAACCUAGCAAUGGGGAAGAAGAGAGGAAGACCAAGGAAAACAAGCAAAGUCGAUUCUGAUCAAGAAUGCGAAGCCGAGUCAGCCGACCCUACUUGGUCUCCAAAGGGAUCUCUUUCUGUGCCAAUGCAUUAUCCAACUUCACCCUCACAAUACGCAAGAAAACAUCGAAAGGGAGUCUUUGGUCAAUGUGCUGCCUUGACUAGUCCCCCGGGAUAUCCAAGUCAAAAUGCAACUGGUCAUGAUUUUACCUUGACACCAGCGAAGGGGAUUCUAGUUCAGAAAACUGAGAGUUUGAGUCCCAAUCAGUUGACUUCCAAACUUCCUUUCCAUACCCAGGGGUUCCUCUCUGUGCCAGCACAUUUCCCACCCGCACCCUCACGAUACCCAAAACGAUGUGGAAAGGCUGUUGUUGGCCAGUGUGACAUUUUGACUACUCCCUCAAGAUAUCCACUUCGAAGUGCAAAGGAGGCUACUAGUCAUGAUUCUACCUUGACACCAGCAAAGAAGAUUCUAGCAGGCAAAACUGAUAGUUUGAGUCCCUCAGCUGUGCAUAUUCCAAACUUGGACAACUUGAAUUCCGAACUACCUUUUCAAACCCAGGUCUCAAAUAAUCCGUCAGCUGAACAUUUAAAGAGUGAAGACCAGUCCCAGCAGUACUACAAGUGGUUAGAAAAUGGGGGUGAAACAAUAGAAAACCUCAACGACUUGAUGGAAAUUGAACAGCUUUCUUCAGAUCUUCAUCCAAUCCAUGCCCAAGAAAAUCUCCACGCUCCUGCUGCUCCUGCCAUCCCUACUCCCCCUCCACCACAUGACAUUGUAUUCAAUAAUCACCUUGCAAACACGGAGGCUACUGAGGCAUUGAAUGUCAUUGGGAAUGGACGAGAGGAAGUACUUCCCAAAAAUCUUGGCCAAAACGCUGCGCCAACUCAAUCAUUCAAUCUUAACCUCACUGAGAUGGCUGCGCCAACUCAAUCAUUCAGUCUUAACCUCACUGAGAUGGCUGCAAUGUCAUAUGACAACUCUUCUGAUGAUGAGGUUCAUUCCGCAUUCAAUGUUGCUUUGGUCACAGUGAAUGGGUAUAGAGUGAAGGAGGAAUUUGCAUCUCUCCUUAGAGAGAUAUUAUCAAAAUUUGGGGAUAUCGCUAAGGACAGCUCUUUGCAAUCUGUGAGAUUGCGUUCAUUUCUCCUCGAGACUGUCUGUCUGAUUUUCCAGAAAUUACAAGGGACAACAUACACAGAGAUUACAUCCAUGGAUCUGAAAUCUAUGCUCGAUGAUAUUGAUGGCAUUAAAUCUGUCAGGGUGGAAGUUGGAUGGCUUCGUAAGAGGAUGGAAGAGAUUAAAGAGGCAAAGCUUCUACAGAAGGGUUCUUCCUCCUUGAAGAGGGAGAAGACAAGAAUCAAUGAAGCAAUUGAAAAAGCAGAGAGAGAGGUUGAAGGAUAUAAGGUGGAAAUGAAAAUGCUUCAAGAAAAGAUCUCUUUGGUGGAGGGCAAGCUGGCUGCAAUGAAAUCUGAGUCUGAGAAGAUAAAUGGAAUAGCAUUGGACACAACAACCAAGGUGAAGUGUUUUUACAAGAAGUCUUUGGUUGACGGCCUACUAUAAUCUACUUUAUGUUGACCCGGUCUUUGGGUCGCCACAUUGUCUUAUAGAUAGUUCAAUAUAGAUGUCAUUAAAAUUAUCUCGAGAAAGGUGCGAAGAUAGAAUUAAGUCUGAACAUACAAGUGAAACUAAUCUGGCUAACUACUGUGGUGCAGAUGGGAAAGAUGGUCUCUUGGAACUCCUUUUCUUUGUAAAUCCUAAAUAGUCGAGGCCUUUUUAUUAUCCUUUAUUAGAUAAAUUUCGUGUUUAAGAUGAAAACUUCCUUAGCGUUAUUAAGUGGAUGACUUAAUACAGUGUUCUUAUAUGGGAUGAGAUCAGAGUUCCAUCUCUGGAUUAUAAUGUUGUUCUUAUUUCAGUGGCUGCUGGACACCA